AUGAAUCUAGAAUCUCAUAGCUUUAUGCAGACACAAGGAAAUAUCCCGGAGGGAAUCAGGAGAGAUGAAUCAGAACUAGACAAUGAACAGCAUCCUGGGAUGGAUGAAGCUGAAGUUCAUGUUCUAUAUCUCAAUGUUCCUGCCAGUGAUGAACCCCAGGUCUUAGAUCUGAGUAAUAUACUCAUACAUGAAGGAAUACAGGUGAUAGAAUCAUCAGACCAUGGAGACCAUAUACCCGGUACUGCUCACAUACACAGUGGCCAUGACAUUGUCAUUGGAAAUGACAAUGUCACAGAGGUUGCUCUGGUUACUAGCCAGUCAGUGUCACAGUCGGCAAAUACCUUACUGGGGUUGGCCAAGUCUCAAGCUGAUGACAGCCAUGUUCAGGUGUCAGACAUUCUGGCAGCACACCGACACACGGAGCAUGUCAUGAGUGAGCAGGAAGAGAACACAUCCGCUGAAGCUCUGCUGCAGCUGUCUUCAGAUCAGAACACAGCUACCUACAUCAUGGAUGAGACCGGAACAAUGAUCCCCAUUAGCCAGAUGAGAUCCAGCACUUUGUUGGAAGUUGAAGAUACUGGAGUGACAGCCCUUGCCAUCUGUCAGUGCUGGUGUGGCAGAGAAUUUAUUUCACAGGAGGAUCUGAGCCGCCAUAAACUGGCUCACAGGGUGACUCCUGGACCUUAUAAGUGCACACUUUGCAUGGACAAUUUCCUGUCAAAUAAGGAUUUGAGAACCCACCAUACUGAGGUCCAUCCUGGAGGAUUGCCAUGGGAGUGCAGCAUCUGCCGCCGAACAUUCCACAAGAAAAUUGCCAUGAAAGCCCAUAUGCGUGUACACAAUACUGUAACCAAAUACCAGUGCUCGUCUUGCAAAAAGGUUUUCUUCUACAAGAAUGCACUGAACCGCCACCUCAAAAUGCAUUCGUGCGAGAAACCAUUUAAGUGCACCAUCUGCGGAGAUACAUAUUAUUCACUGUGGGAUCUUCGGAAACACAGGAUGAACCAUCAGCCUCCAAAACUUUUUGCCUGUGAUAUCUGUACUAAAGUGUUUAAGCAGAAGCAGACUCUGCUGGUCCAUUCGCGCAUUCACACAGGACAGAAACCGUAUACUUGUGUGUUCUGCCAUAGACAUUUUUCUCUCAAAUCAACUUUAGUGCAACAUCAGCGUAUUCAUACGGGAGAGAAGCCUAAUGUUUGUCACAUUUGCCAGCGAGGGUUUCGCCAGAACAGUACGCUGAAAUCCCAUCUGAAGACACACACUCAUUUGAAACCUUACCUGUGUCGUUACUGCAAGAUGAGAUUUGCCUACAAAGAUGAAGUCGCCGAACACGAGCAUACGCAUGCUCACAAUAAAACUUGGCAAUGUGAAGAAUGUGGUAUGUGGUUCAAAAACCAGUCACUGCUAGCCCGCCACAGCCGAGUACACACUAACGAACGACCAUUUCAGUGCAACAUUUGCUACAAGUCCUUUGUUCAGUCUGGAUCACUGCAGUCCCAUAUUAGAUCUCACACAAAAGAAAAGCCUUAUAAAUGUCGAAUUUGUUCAAAGGCCUACUACACGAGUGGAACUCUGUUAGUGCACAUUCGAAAGUUUCACAAUGUGGAUGCCAAGUCAGUGAAAGAAGUCUUCCCUGUGUACAGCUACAUUGAGGAUCAGAAAGUGUUCACCAUCCGUAACAGCCUCCUGGAAGAUUUAAAGCCACCUGAUACGGAUGGUGAUGGCGGCUCAGGGGCAGACAAAUCUCACUUCGAAGAUUUGCUCACAAAAAAUAAUACUGUAGUUGAAGAACUGGUAGAGAUGUCUGAUGAGGUUAUUGUUCAGGAUGGUGCUGUUGUAGAUGGACAGAUAAUAUCCUCAACUGUUGGUGGUAAUAAUCCUGAAACCGAAAUUGUCAGCAUAGAAAUUUCAGACAGGACUAGCCCAGCACAUAAAGACAGGAAUAACACAGAUGCAGAGAAAACAGCUGGAAAGGAAGUUAACAGAAUAGAAGAACAAAGUGAAGAUAACCAGACUGUGAUCAUAGAUUCUGCACAGACAGAGGUUAUUUAUGAGCUACACACAGAAGACAUUGAACCAGUUGAAACAGAGGCUCUGCACAGCUCAGAUGCAGCACUUGACAGACAGGAAGCAGCACUAGGGCUUGCAGAAUUGUCACUGAUUGGCGGGGAAGGAAUGCAUUCGGAGAAGUGUGCCCAGACAAAGACAAGGACGGUCACAUUCUUCAAAGCGGAAGAAGAAGAUGAGAAUGAUCCAAAUGUUACCAAAAUUAUUUUAUCGAAAGAAGGAGGCAUCAUGAACAGUCAGGAUCCUCACCAGUGUCCAGUGUGUGGCAG